UCACGCUGCAGGGUUCAAACAGAUCUGGCUGGCCAUGAGCUGUGCUAUGCUAUAAACAACCUCAGUGUCCCACAUUGAAUAACUGCAGAGCACACUCAGGAGCUCUGGACAUUUGUGUUCUUUAGUAGUAGGAGAAGCUUAAUGUCAACAAUAUGGGGCAUCAGGUGAUAAUAUUUGACUUUUCUGUCAUAAGAGGACUGUGGGAAACUCGAGUUAAGAAGAACAAAGAACGUCAGAGGAAGGAGAAAGAAAGAUUAGAACAAAGUGCAUUGGAGAAGAUAAAACAGGAAUGGAAUUUUAUACUAGAGUGCCGUAAGAAAGGUAUUCCUCAAUCAAAAUACCUCAAGAAUGGCUUUGUAGAUGUCAAUGAGAAGAACCUGGACAUCCAUGGAAAGAAUCCUCAGCUCAAGAAGAGCCAUGCCUUGUCAGAUGGAGUAAAUAAAGAACAAAACAAGUAUAUUUUUCGGCUUUCUGGAGAGCAGUGGACGGAACUCCCAGAUUCUCUGAAAGAACAGACCUAUCUGAAAGAAUGGCAUGUGUACAAUACAUUGAUACAAACCAUUCCAGCCUACCUUGCACUAUUUCAAGAUCUGAGAGUGCUGGAAUUGUCAAAAAAUCAAAUCAACCAUCUUCCAGCAGAGAUUGGCUGCUUAAAAAACCUCAAAGUGCUCAAUGUGAGUUUCAAUAAUUUGAAGUCAGUUCCUCCAGAACUGGGUGAUUGUGAGAAUCUAGAAAAACUGGAUUUGUCUGGAAAUAUGGAAAUAACAGAACUCCCAUUUGAACUAAGUAACCUGAAACAGCUCACAUUUGUGGAUGUGUCGGCAAACAAGUUCCAUUCUAUUCCAAUUUGUGUACUCCGGAUGUCUAAUUUGCAGUGGUUGGACAUUAGCAGCAACAGCCUGAAAGAUCUCCCAGAAGACAUAGACAGGUUAGAUGAAUUGCAGACCCUUCUCCUACAGAAAAACAAGUUGACUUAUCUUCCACGAGCUCUUGUCAAUAUGCCAAAGCUCAGUUUGCUAGUUGUCAGUGGUGAUGACCUGGUUGAGAUACCCACAGCCAUCUGUGAGUCAACCACAGGUUUAAAAUUUGUGAGUCUCAAGGACAGUCCGGUUGAAACGAUUGUGUGUGAAGACACUGAAGAGAUUAUAGAAAAUGAACGUGAACGUGAGCAAGUUGAGAAAGAGUUUAUGAAAGCAUACAUUGAAGACCUAAGGGAAAGGGAGUCUACUCCUUCCUACACUACAAAAGUAAUGCUCAGUCUCCAGCUCUGAAGAUUAAAAAUCCCUAGAUCUCUACUGAAUAUCUGAAUAACCUUUCUUAUCCACCUGAAUAGUAAACACAUGAAAAUACAGAUGACCAGAAUGACAUCAAAAUCAUAUUGAAUUAUUUAUUUGUUUCUGUAGUCUUUUCAAGUAACUACAGAUAAAACAAGGAGCAGUAGAACCUUCAUAAGAUGAUGUUUCACAUUUUAAGUCAACAUGUUUAUUUUCAACUUCACAGCAACAGCCACUAAUUUGCAUGUAGACCAGCUGAAAGUAAAUAGUCACUGUAAUUAAACAUACACAGACAUAACUGAAGAAGGAAGACAUUGUAUGUUGUAGCUGAAACAGUGAAACACAAAACAUGAUCUUAGGAAGAGAUUUGAUUUUAAAAAAGGGGAUAGACUGAUUUAGAAAAUGUAUGUGAUUAUUGUUUUCUUAAGACCAAAUACACAUUUAGGUAUUUACAAUAUUCAAAUGAAGACACGCCCAUAGUUUGCAUUUAUAUUCUGUUCUGCAAGAAAAUUGUUCUUGGAAUUUUCAGUUUAGAUAAGUUUCAACAGCUUUUCAUAUGGAAACUGCAGCACUUCUCCUUUUAUUCAAGCAUAUUUAAGCUCUAACCUAUUUAAGCUCUAAUCUGUUUGCAACUUAAAGUGCCGAUGUGAUAGAAAUUUCUGUGGUUAGCAAUCUUAUAGGAUAGUAGUGUACUAAGUAAGAUUUUAAGGCACUAAGCAGUGUCAGCUAAUACUACCAGCAAAAUGAUGAUACAGGUCUUAUAUUAAUGGUUUCAGAUCACAGGAUUUUGUGGACAUUUGUUGGAAUUUUCCAGGUAGUGUAAGAAUGAGUUGGCUGGUAAAACAUUGUUUUGCUUGUUAUUUAAUUAUCUGUUUAUAUACAAUUAUUUAAGUGUAUAUAGAAUAGAGUUUCAGAACUGUAGUUUUACAUGUACUUUUUGUUUAAUAAAGCAAUGUCUUUAAUCUAAAACUUGAGACUUUGAGAAUUGAGACUCAAAUUAGACUCAAAUUAUAGAAUUUAAAUGGUCCUAAACUUAUGAGUGCAGUUAGGUGAGACAAUAUUUACGUCUUUGUUUUUUGUUAUGGGUGAUCUAUUUUCAGUUUUGUGCAGUAGAAUAUCACUUAACUAGCCAUAUUUAAAACACAAAGCAAUGAAGGAUAUGAUCCUCAGGCUUCCAUAUGGAAAAAGAACUUUAGAUGUUUUCUUUCCAACAUUCUAGCAUUCAAUCUUUUAAAAGAAAAAAAAUUGAAAUAGUGGGUGUGUUAUUCCUACUUACAGUCUUCUGCAGUUAUAUUACUAUCAAAAUGAAACCCACUCAAAGUGGUGUCUAGGUGUUAAUGCGGAUUUUAAGCAAAUUCUGAUCCAGGGUUAAGUUAAAAAAAAAUAGAAAAAUUGGCAUUGGUCUGAAGCAGAAUAAUAGAAAACAAUUUUUUUUUAUUAUUAU